CUAAACCCUUUGCCGCUGUGGAGCUCUCCAGAACGAACCCAAAAUCUUCCCAUCUCACUCCUCAGUACCAACGCUAUAAGUACGCCACUCCUUCCAUUUUUAUCUCAAACCAGAACCUGCUUUAGCCCUUGUAUCUGCCUUGAUCGCUCUUGAUUGUUUCACGAGACUCCACAUGGAAGAGGAUUUCGAUCUACCGACUGAAGACGAAGACCACACGGAAGAGGAUUUCGAUCUACCGACUGGAGACGAAGACAUGGAUCUUCCCAACGAUAGCCCCAUUUUGAAGGUGGGCGAAGAGAAGGAGAUCGGGAAGCAAGGAUUGAAGAAGAAGCUUCUCAAGGAAGGUGAAGGUUGGGACACUCCUGAAAAAGGCGACGAAGUUGAAGUUCAUUACACGGGGACGUUGCUGGAUGGGACUCAGUUCGAUUCCAGUCGGGAUGGAGGGACGCCCUUCAAGUUUGCCCUUGGUUAUGGUCAAGUGAUUAAAGGAUGGGAUCAAGGUAUCAAAACAAUGAAGAAGGGUGAAAAUGCUAUUUUCACCGUUCCUCCUGAUUUGGCUUAUGGUGCUUCUGGAUCUAAACCUACUAUUCCUCCCAAUGCCACACUUCAGUUUGAUGUUGAAUUGCUGUCUUGGACUAGUGUCAAGGAUAUCUACAAGGAUGGUGGGAUAUUUAAGAAUAUUCUUGUUAAAGGAGAGAAUUGGGAGAAACCCGACGAUCUUGAUGAAGUAUUUGUUAAAUAUGAAGUUUGGCUCGAGGACAGAAUAGUUGCUAAAUCUGAUGGAAUAGAGUUUACUGUUGAGGAGGGUCAUUUUUGUCCUGCAUUGUCAAGGGCUGUCAAGACAAUGAAGAAAGGAGAGAAGGUUCUUCUAACAGUGAAGCCACAAUAUGGUUUUGGGGAUAAGGGUAGGCCAGCAUCUGGUGAUGAAGUUGCUGUUCCACCCAAUGCAACUCUCCAUAUUACUCUGGAGUUGGUUUCAUGGAAAACUGUGUCAGAGGUGAUCAGAGACAAGAAGGUUAUAAAGAAAAUCCUAAAGGAGGGCGAGGGAUAUGAGCGUCCAAGUGGCGGAGCUGUCGUCAAAUUAAAAUUGAUUGGGAAGUUGCAAGAUGGAACAGUAUUUCUGAAGAAGGGGCACAAUAACGAGGAUGAACUGUUUGAAUUUAAAACAGAUGAGGAGCAAGUAAUUGAUGGGCUUGAUAGAGCUGUGAUGUUAAUGAAGAAGGGUGAGGUGGCAUUGGUAACGAUUGCUCCAGAGUAUGCAUUUGGUUCAUCUGAAUCACAGCAGGGGUUGGCUGUCGUUCCUCCCAACUCAACUGUAUGCUAUGAGGUUGAGCUAGUGUCCUUCGUCCAGGAAAAGGGAUCAUGGGAAAUGAACAUCCAGGAAAAAAUUGAAGCUGCUGGUAAGAAGAAGGAAGAAGGCAAUGUGUUGUUCAAAGGUGGCGAAUAUGCUAGGGCAUCUAAGAGAUACGAGAAGGCGGUCAAAUACAUAGAAUAUACUUCUUCUUAUAGCGACGAGGAAAAAAAGCAGGCAAAUGCAUUAAAGGUUGCUUGUAACCUAAAUAAUGCUGCUUGUGAGUUAAAAUUGAAAGAAUACACACAGGCAGAAAAGCUGUGCACUAAGGUGUUAGAGAUAGAGAGUAGAAAUGUAAAGGCUCUUUAUAGGAGAGCUCAGGCAUAUAUCCAGUUGGCAGAUUUGGAUCUGGCUGAGUUUGAUAUUAAGAAAGCCCUUGAAAUUGACCCCGAGAAUAGGGAUGUCAAGCUGGAGUAUAAAAAGUUGAAGGAAAAGAUGAGGGAGUAUAUCAAGAAAGAAGCCAAGUUUUAUGGCAACAUGAUUGCCAAGAUGAAUAAGCUGGGCCCUAUUGACUCUAUUAAAUCUGAAGCUGAGGCAGAGCCAAUGAGCAUAGACAGCAAGGCGUGAGAAGGGAGGAAAAUGGAUGAUUAACUGGAAUAAGAACGAGCAAAGUCCUAGUUUUUGGAAUUUUUUUUUCAUAUAGUUUGGCUUUAAAUUGUCGAGAACUCCCAUUUGGUAUUUUGAGAUCAGAAAAUUGUAAUGGAUUCUUCUAACAGAGUUGGCUGAAUGGGUAGCGGCAUAAAGAAAUUUGUCCCAAA